CUGCUGCUGCUGCUGCUGCUCGGGCCCUGGCCGGCGGCGGGCCACGGCGGCAAGUACUCGCGGGAGAAGAACGAGCCGGGGCCGGCCCCGACGCGCGCGCCCGGGGAGGAGUUCCGCAUGGAGAAGCUGAACCAGCUGUGGGAGAAGGCCCAGCGGCUUCAGCUCUCUCCUGUGAAGCUGUCCGAGCUGCACGCUGACCUGAAGAUGCAAGAAAGGGACGAGUUCAUCUGGAAGAAGCUGAAGCUGGAAGGCUUAGACGGAGAUGGGGAGAAGGAGGCCGCACUGCGGCGCAGCCUCAGCGUCAUCGUGGCCAAGUACGGUCUGGACGGGAGGAAGGACAGAAAGGACGCCCACGAGGUGAGCAGCAACGCCAUUGGCGACAGCGCCCAGGAGGACGGCCUGGGGGACCCCCGGCUGGAGAAGCUGUGGCACAAGGCUACAACCUCCGGGAAAUUCUCCAGUGAGGACCUGGACAAGCUGUGGCGGGAGUUUCAGCACCACAGGGAGAAGGUCCAGGAGUACAACAUCCUGCUGGAGGCCCUGAGCAGGACCGAAGACGUCCACGAGAAUGACAUCAGGCCGGCGGGCCUGGGCCCAGCCCAGCAGGAGCUGCUGCGGGACAAGCACGCCGAGCUCAAGGACCGGCUGCGGGCCCUCAACCAGGGCUUCGACCGCCUGCGGGAGGUCAGCCACCAGGGCUAUGGCACCCGGCCGGCUGAGUUCGAGGAGCCGCGCGUGACAGAGCUGUGGGAGCUGGCCAGGUCUGCCAACUUCUCCGAGAAGGAGCUGGAGUCGUUGCGGGAGGAGCUGAAGCACUUUGAGGUCAAGGUUGAAAAGCACAAGCACUACCAGGAGCAGCUGCAGAUCUCGCACCAGAAGCUCAAGCACGUGGAGAGCACCGGGGACCGGGAGCACGUCGGCCGGAGCAAGGAGCGCUACGCCCUGCUGGAGGAGAAGACCAAAGAGCUGGGCUACAAGGUGAAGAAGCACCUGCAGGACCUGUCGGGCAGAAUCUCCAGAGCGCGCCACAACGAACUCUGAGCCCCACUGCAGGCACAGGCCAGGACUUGGCGAGGGUGGCAGGCGGCCCCAGAAGCCCAGGGGAGAGCUGGACGCAACAUCACCAUCCAGCUGGGCUGCCCUCACCACUGGGAGCCUGUCACCUCUGGAGAGGCCACGCCCCUGCGGGAAGGUUCCUGCCACAGCCUCAUGGUCUCUGUUGCCCCGUGAGUCUAUUGGUCACGCUGUGCCCGAAGCCCCCAAUACACUCGGCGUGGCCACUCCAUAUUCUGUCCUGCGCUCUGCUGCCCCCACUGUGUGGUGUGAGC